CGUACUCAAAGUCGGACACCAGACUUCGUGUAAACUCAGGGGGUACCAAUAUUGUGGCAAGGAUGAGUUCACUAACCUUGCUGAGAGCCCUGUCCUGCAUAAUACUGCUGUCAGGUUUGCUCGAGGCCAAAUCCUUGAUGGAGGUGAAAAACGUGGAAGCCGUGAGCAUCGACUCCGCGCAAGCGCAUGGCUUCCUGUCUCAGGCUCGGCCCAGGAGGAACGUCGACCCCAAGUGGCACCGCGGCACGCCAGACUUCCAGUCCUACUACCGAUUCUACACCAGCAUCGGCCACAUCGAAGGGCUCUAUGAGAUAGACAAGAUUCGGAUGCUGUAUCAGCAGAUGCGUCACCUUGAGCAGACCUACGGCGCCGACGCCUCCAGCUACCAGAACGCCCUGGGGGUCCAGACGACCACUCUGCCCCCGACCACCACCACCACCACCCAGCCCCCGCCUCCCCCCACCACCCAGCACCCCCCUCCAGUUUUCUCCGACGCAGACAUCAUCCACCUGUGCAACCCCAAAGACCCACUCUGUAAGCCUAAGAUCGUGUACUUGCCAACAGGGGCGGUCCCAGUUCUCUGCGACCCAAGAUACCACCCUGCCUGCCAGCCCAAAUCGGACGAGGAGGUCCUGGAGGCCCCAGAAGAACCUGCCAUCGAAGCAUCUCCUCCACCGCCACCUCCCCCUCAGAAGUCCGCCCCUGCCCCCCAAAUCAGCUUCAAAGGGAUGGAGUAUGACUGUGACCCGUACUGGGACCCUGACUGCCUGAUAGACCACCCGCCCCGCCCUGUCGAGACCACCUCCCUCCCACCGCCACCCCCGACUCAACCUCCAGCCCCUGUUGAGGAGAAGGUGAAGGAGGAAGAGCCAGCUCCAGCUGUGCUAGAGGAAAAGACUGAAGCCCCCAGCCUUCAGUUUGACCCUUACGAUUACCGCCGUGACCUCUUCAACCCUUACCUGUAUACUAAUCCAGCUCCUGAGCCGCAAUAAACUUGUUGUUUCCCCCCAGCUGUGUAGUAAUGCCACAUAACUUGGACUGGUCACUUUGGAAGACUGCAUCAUUUCAGGAUGGACUGUGUACGAAACCUUGAUAAUAAUGAUAAUAAUAAUAAAUCGGUGGACAAUCACACCUCAAGAUUAAAAACCAUUUUGGUUCAAUCA